UUCUUUCCAGAUUUUCGAAAGGAUUUGCGUUUGCCAAUUUAGAAACAGCUAAUGAGUUUGAGGAACAAAGAUCUCGCUUCUUCCAGGAGAACGAGCGGCGCGACGACUACAUGGAGAUGCGCGAGGGCCUCGACCUGACCAACGUGAACUUCCGCGAGUUCGUGAUCGCGCGAAGGGACACGAAGCGGCUUCCUUGGUACACGCGCCACUCCGUGUUCUGGGUGGCGUCGCUGCUGCUCCUGUCGUGGCCGCUGAGGCUGAUCGUCGAGUACAACACGGCGUAUGUGCACUACCAGGUGACCAAGCUCUUCGGGGUAAACUACACGACGCCUGUAAGCGGCGGCCGCGCGUCCCGCGGGUCGGCGGCGACUGACAGCCACGACCUGGAGGUGACCAUCGCCAACAACUGUACCGUGGUUCCCUCCUACAGCGAGGCGCUCCUCAUGGACAUCGGCGGACCCGCGUCGCUCACGCCUGCCGUCGACGCCAACGGCAACAUCCAGAACGGAGGGAGCCUCCCGGCGGCGCCGUCCUCCGCCAGCGUCGGCUCGGAGCUGGCGCCGUCGUCCAUAGAGGCAGCGGCAUCGCGGACGUCCCUGCACAACGGCUACGUCCUGUACCACCCCUCGCCCCUCGUCCCUGUCACGCCUCUCGACCCUUUCCAGGGGCGUCGCCGCACCACGCCCACAGAGGCCCCGCCCACCUACGACGACGCGUUGCGGGUGUCAGCUCCCCUCCUGGGCACAAUGUCCCCCUCUCCGCUGCGACGCUCACACACAGAGCGGGACAUCCCCUCUACCCCGCGUCUGGCACUCCCCAGGCACUCGUGCCACUACGACCUAGAGACGCAGCUAUGACACUUUUCUUCCUCUUCCACCCCACAUCUAACCCUCCCCCUUCCCCUUCCCUUCCCCCUACCGUGCCCUCUCCCCUGCCCCUCCUCUCCCCGCAUGGCCCUCGCCCUGCCCUCCCCUUGCGCCCCGCGACUGGACCCCUCUGGGCGCCCGUGGCACUGCGACAUGGAGACGCAGCUAUGACCUCCCCAGCCCCACCCGACGACCCUCUCGGAUACUCGAUACGGCGAAGGAAUACCCGAGGCUGUCUGAGGCAGAGAAGGAGACAACGAAUUUCACUGGACAGCAACGCACUGUUUCUAGGGAGUUUUGUCUAAGGUGUUUGCGCUCGAAUUUUCAAAACAAAGAGUACAGUUUAAAAAGAAGUGUGUGCUGAAGAGCAUAUAGACUUGAUCAGUGAUAAAUUUAGCACAAAAAAAGUGGUUCAUGUGAUCCACGCGUUCGCACAUUUUAGAAUUUAAGAGCAGGAACUGUUGGGCUUUUCAUGUGACAUAGACGCUUUGUCUGGGUAUUUUUUCUGGUCUGGAAAUUGAGAUCUCGUUGCCACAGCGACUCAGUGUCCCGGAGUGAUUUUCCCCCCGAGUUUACCGAUUCUGACAACUAUUUUUGAGACUUGUAUAUUUCAGUAGAGGAAAAAAAAAACUAUGACUAUAAAUCUAUAGCUCUUUCACACAAUGUCUGCUUCCCUGAAUUAUUCUAAACGCCUCUUUUCCUGAUUUCUUUUUAUAUCCUCUACUGAAGACUAUCUAGAUAUUGAGUCGACAGUUCACAGCCGCUCCCCAGCUGUGUCUCGAAAUCAAAGCUACGCACGAAAACCAAAACUCAGUGAGCCUUGAAUGAGCUCCGUUUCAAUGCUGGUGAGCUCCAAGAUUCUUUUUUUGUUUGUUUUUUUUGUUUUUUGUUCCCAGCUUUAAGGAGAUAUUGUUAGUUCCUUGGAAUCCCCAAAGGAAAUGUUUGUAAGUAAAUAGUCAAAUAAAAUGUUGUUAGAGAUAUUAAGCUUUAAGGCGUGUUAAGCCACAAUGAAGGGCUACUACGUUCGCCAUGUUAGGCAACUGUUAUGGUUAAUACGAUGUACAAAAGCUAUCACGAAUAGCUAAACUGUAUAUAGAUAUUGCCGAGUGUUCAUUUAUAUAUGACAUUUUAGGUCACAGUGAAGUACAGUAUUUACUUUUAGAGGAAUAGCUUCAGCAGACUCUGUCACUGUCAAAAGGAGAUAACUGUCAUACCUUUCUAAGAAGAAAAAAAAACGAUAUUUUAUUUCUUUAUCAAGAUUAUAUAUUGUUAUACCGGAGUUAGGCGAACCGGUAGUUUUCCAGAGAGAAACCACCUCAUUCAGCCGGCAUCGUCGAAAAUGGCCUCCAUUACCUCAAAAGUUGUUCGUAUUCCAAGAUUAUUACAACUUGUUUGAUAAUUUUGCAGAAGAAAAACAUCUGUUUCCGCGGUUGGUGCGCUUGUCAACACUUCCACUCAUAUUUUUCUACACUUUGUAGUCUGUAGUCUGUAAGAUUGAUAUACUCAAUACCAAUUAUUUUAGCUCAACAUGAACGGUGUUGUUUAGUUUGGAUCCAGAUCUAUUUAUUUUCACAAAUGUAUUUAUAAUACUGGCUUGACAUUCCCUAGUUCCCCUGCCUCUUUCCAGCCUCCCUUUUCCCCUGGCUAGUCAUCUUCACUCGUCCCCCGUUGCGCCUUCCCUUCAUACAAGUCUUCGCCCCUUCCCGUUUCCCAUUUUCCUCAGUUCUCCCCACAAGGCAAGGGAAGCAAAGAAAACGGAGGCCUAACGUGAACUGUGCCCAUGGAGUUUGGUUGCCAGUUCGACCCCUAGAGAUGUCCACCUAUGUCCACCUAUGUCCACCUAAACCCCCGGUCCCCGCAACCUUUAGUGCUGUCAACGUCAUGUAGCCAGAGUAAAAGACAAAAUAUGGAAGAAAAUACGCAUCGUAAGCAUCUGUAACCUUGUCUAUAUUGUUCUUGGAGUAAAGAGAAGCGACUAACCUCGCGUGACUGCGGUUGGUGCUGUGCUGUGUACCUAAACAUAGAAGCUUCCGCCUGCUA